AUGGGCAGUUUUACAGAGUUCCUCGGAGAAUUGAAAGAAGCGUUCGUGCCAACAGUCGCAGAAGCGGCCGAUGCUUCUCCUGAACAACCUAGCAAGAACCACGACAAUGUAGCAGAGCCAGAAGUGAACAACAGCGAUGACGGAGACGAGGAAUCCAAGGAAGAGGAAAGUGGUGAAGCUGAAGAGGAAAAGGAAGGUGGAGACGAAGAUGAAGAAGAAGAAGACGAGGACGAAGACGAGGAUGACGAGGACGAAGAAGAAGAAGAGGAAGUCGGAGACCAGAUGGACCAGUUGAGAGAGGAGUGUAAGAACAAAGAAGACGCCAAGCCUUUGGUGCACCACUAUAUGGAAUGUGUGGAAAGAGUGCACAAGGCUCAAGAAGACCCUGGAUACGCGGAUUCGGAACACAAAGAGGACUGUGUUGAAGAGUUUUUCCAUUUGCAGCACCAUUUGGAUGGCUGUGUCGCUCCAAGACUGUUUGACAGACUGAAAUAA